CAAAGCCCUAAAACCCCUCUUUUGCCCGCCGUAGUUCAUUAGUUUUCCCUCCUAAACCAUUUCCACUUUCACUCUCUUUCUUGCUUCUCCUCCUUCACUCCACUCCGCACCAAACUACCAGAAAAGAUGUCGCUGAGAGUUCUCAAUCCAAAUGCGGAGGUUCUUAACAAAUCCGCCGCUCUUCACAUGAAUAUCAAUGCCGCUAAGGGCCUUCAAGACGUCCUCAAGAGCAAUCUCGGCCCUAAAGGAACCAUCAAGAUGCUUGUGGGCGGUGCUGGAGAUAUCAAACUCACCAAAGAUGGCAACACUCUGCUUAAAGAAAUGCAAAUUCAAAAUCCCACAGCUAUUAUGAUUGCACGAACAGCUGUUGCCCAGGACGACACUAGUGGAGAUGGCACUACUUCUACUGUGAUUUUUAUAGGCGAGCUUAUGAAACAGUCAGAACGUUACAUUGAUGAAGGCAUGCAUCCACGUGUCCUGGUCGAUGGUUUUGAGAUUGCCAAAAGAGCAACCCUUCAAUUUCUUGAUAAAUUUAAGACUCCUAUUGUGGUUGGUGAUGAGCCAGACAGAGAAAUUCUGAAAAUGGUAGCAAGAACGACACUAAGAACAAAGCUGUAUGAAGCAUUGGCGGAUCAGUUGACUGAUAUAGUCGUUAAUGCGGUGCUCUGUAUUCGUAAACCAGAAGAAGCCAUUGAUUUGUUUAUGGUGGAAAUUAUGCACAUGCGCCAUAAGUUCGACGUUGACACUCGCUUGGUUGAAGGCCUUGUUCUUGAUCAUGGUUCUAGACAUCCUGAUAUGAAACGGAGAGCAGAGAAUUGUUAUAUUCUAACCAGCAACGUGUCUCUGGAAUAUGACAAAAGUGAAAUAAAUGCUGGAUUUUUCUACUCUAAUGCGGAACAGAGGGAGGCAAUGGUCGCUGCAGAAAGGCGUCAGGUUGAUGAGAGAGUUCAGAAAAUCAUUGAAUUGAAAAACAAGGUUUGUGCGGGUACUGAUAAGAACUUUGUAGUCAUAAAUCAAAAAGGAAUUGAUCCCCCAUCUUUGGAUCUGCUUGCAAGAGAAGGGAUCAUUGCCCUUCGGAGAGCCAAGAGAAGAAACAUGGAAAGAUUGGUUUUGGCCUGUGGAGGAGAGGCUGUAAAUUCUGUUGAAAAUCUUACUCCUGAUUGCCUUGGAUGGGCUGGUCUGGUCUAUGAACAUGUUCUUGGGGAAGAGAAAUAUACCUUUGUGGAAAAUGUGAAAAAUCCUCAUUCAUGUACUAUCUUGAUCAAGGGACCUAAUGAUCACACAAUUGCUCAAAUUAAGGAUGCUGUUCGUGAUGGUCUUAGAGCUGUUAAGAACACCAUUGAAGAUGAAUCCGUUGUCAUGGGUGCUGGAUCCUUCGAAGUUGCUGCGAGACAAUAUCUGGUAAAUGAAGUGAAGAAAACAGUUCAAGGACGUGCGCAACUUGGUGUUGAAGCUUUUGCUGAUGCUCUUCUUGUGGUUCCCAAGACACUUGCUGAGAACUCCGGACUCGACACACAGGAUGUGCUCAUUGCGCUUAAGGGGGCACACGACCGGGGCAACGUUGUAGGACUAAGCCAACAUACAGGAGAACCAAUUGACCCCCAAAUGGAGGGUAUCUUUGACAACUACUCCGUGAAACGCCAAAUUAUCAAUUCUGGGCCUGUGAUUGCAUCGCAGUUGCUAUUGGUUGACGAGGUAAUUCGUGCUGGCCGCAAUAUGCGAAAACCUACUUAGGCAGUGUCGAAAUGUAAUUUUUAGCUGGUUUUUUUUAUGGUCUGCUGGAGUGAGUUUUGAGCUACUUUCUUGUAUAAGAUAUAUUGUUUGAGUUGUUGGGAAGUAUUUGCCCCCAUUACUGUAGAACUUUUUCUUUUUAUCCUUUUUUGUUCUCAGAAAUGGAAAAGAAAAAAAAAGUAGAGAAGCCCCCCUUUCCCUAUUUCUUUUUUUGGAGGUAUUUAUAAACAAUUAGGUAGUUAUUUCUUACCUUUAUUUCUUGUUUACAUGGUGAUUUAAGUGAAAUGGGGAGUUUUGUGCAAUUUCUUGGAAUUA